UCUCUAUGGUGCUACCUGUCUGGCUGUCUUUGGGGGCGAUGGGUGAUGAUGAGUAAGCGAUAGAUGGAAUGGCCACCCGACACUACCCGCCAGGCCCACGUACCCAUGUACCCCAGCAACCUCGAGCUCCGAGGCCCGGUCGUGACAUCAUUGGGACGAGGUUUAGCGUUGCGUCUCGGAGCUCUGCCGCGCGUGGUUUUUUUUUUUAGUCUCUGUCUCUUCCCUCACCUGCGACGACGGCGCGAGACGCACGGAGCUACGGAUCGAAUUCUCCUGCCGCGCCUAUACACGCCUACCCAGCUGCCGCCCCCGUCGUUUCUCGACCGCUUGAUCGACGAGCCCCGCGAGCCCCCGCACCCCUAGACCCGACGCGAGCACACAGGCCAAAACCGACCGACAGAACAUGGCGACGAUCGCGGCGAGGGGACCCAGCCCCGCGCUGCUCGCGAGCGCCGUGCGCAGGGCCGCCGCGCCGCGAGCCGUGCGCGUGGUGCGCAUCGCCGCCGCCCUCAGCAGCAGCAGCCGCAGCAGCCGCAGCAGCCGCAGCAACAACCGCGCGAGCGCGCCAGGGCCCAUCCACAGACUAGCCGCGGCGACCACGACGCCGCGAACGGUGCAGCUAAGCGCCAUCGCGGCGCCAGCGCCGGCGCCUGGGGUCCGGCGCUCGUCGUCGUCCUCGGCGGGAGACCCUCCGGGCGCGGGCAAGACGUGGACGUUUGAGGAGGUCCAGGCCCUCACGCAGUCCGGCAGCGGCGGCGAGGGGGGCGCGCGCGCGGUACUCAUCGACGUGCGGGAGCCGGACGAGCUGGCGCAGACGGGCCGCAUCCCGGGCGCGCUGAACGUGCCGGUGGGCAGCGCGCCGGACAGCUGGCACGUGUCGGCGGCCGAGUUCCGGGACCGGUUCGGGUUCGAGCGGCCGUCUGCGCCCGCGCCCGCCUCCGCCCCCGCCUCCGCAGAUGCAGAUGCGGAUGCAGACGCGGACCCGCCAGAGCUCGUCUUCUACUGCAAGGCCGGCGUCCGCUCCCGCGCCGCCGCCCAGAUCGCCCGCGAGGCCGGCUUCCCCCGCGUCGCCGAGUACCCCGGCAGCUGGAACGAGUGGGCUGCGCGCGGGGGUGCCGUGGAGCGGUGAGAUGAGGCGGUUUUUCCUUCGCUUUUCCCGAGCGCGCUAUUUUGGCUCGACUCGCGAGGCUGUCGCGCUCGGGUGCUCUUGCUGAGGGGAGGUAGAGCGGGUAGGACAACGCCGGGGGGAAAGG